AUGUUUGAAUCUUCGUAUUUGAGAAAUGGUGCCCAAUUCCACGGAAUUCAAAAAUCGGAUGGUAAUAAGACAUUCGACGUAUCCGUGACAGUAUUACAUGUAAAUACGGAGCAAUCGAUGCUCUGUGGAUUUUUCAAAAUAAGUGGAUUGAGUGGAAACAACUCAUCACUUACAACAUACUUUGAGGCAGAAAUCAUUGGAGAUAAGUAUGGAUUUCUGACACGGUGGCCGGAAUGGGGUGCUUCAGAAUCAACAGAUUAUAAGCAUUGGAAACGGCUGGGAGCUUUUCAAUAUGCAAAGCGGAAGGUACCUCUGCGUAGGAUUAAACCCUACGAUCCUUGGAAGAAAGGAACUAUCUAUAUGCGAUGGAAAGAAUUGGCGAUGCUGGAUAAAGUGAACGAUUUUCAAUUCCGGAGCAGGAACUCUUCGUCCGAUGUCAGUUUCGAAGGAUUCUACUACAUUGCCUUCUCUCAACGGACGGGACGAAUUUCCGGAUACUACUAUCAUUACAAAUUUGAUCAUUUUCAGUAUUUGGAAUUGGACCCUGUUCUAAACAGGACAUUCCCUGUUUUAGAAUUUCUAUGA